UAUAAAUACUCUUGUGAAAAAUAAUAAUAUACAUUUUCUUAAUACGUGUAUUUAAAUUUUAAAUGGAAAUUAAUACAACAUCCCUGCUGCCCUACGUGCUGGACUUGCUGAGUCGUCAGCCGGAUUUAUGCACCUCCAUAGACGCGCUGUGCGAACAGAUACAGGAUGUGGUAAUGGACGAUAUUAUUAGUCCCUUUGGCAAUCUCAAGCGAGCUGUCGAGUUCUCGGUGGAGCUGGGCAUGAAUCUUGGCCUGCUGCUGCUGAGCGAUAAGCGUGUGCGCAUGCCCUUCAAUUUUCGCAACCGGAACGACAACAAGCCGGCGCAGCCGCAGCCAGCGAAAGCCAAGGAACUGGUCUCUCCGGAGCAGGGUCGACAGGUCAUCAAGCGCCUGGCCAAAACUUUGAAGGAUUCUCGAAGUGCCGUAAUCAAGCAAAAGACCAACACCAAGGCUCGGGCAAAGGGUCCGCCAAAAACUGGGUUCAAAUGCAAACGUGGCCGACCGCAUGCCCACAAAAAGGGUCGACCCGCGAAAAAGCGCAAAACGAAUGCACGCAAUGCGGCGGUACGCCAGUUGGCCGGAACACGCAGCCGCCGUUAUUAAAGUUAAAAAAUUUAGUGAGACAAUUGGCAA